ACACAGUGUUAAUGAAACUUCAAGAUUAAGAAAUUAGGAGAGAGAAAGAAGAGAGAGAGAGAGAGAAAGAAAGAAACCCUACUUCCCCUUUAUCUCUUUUCCUAUCAUCUUUCUUUCUCUCAUCUCCGAGCAAAGUGUUUCCUGUUGAUGUGAUUCUCCACCAUCGACACACUUUUGCACAAAAGAGAAACCUCUUCACAACAAUUAUAACAAUACUAUGGUUUUUCCUUCUUUCCCUUCCUAUUUGGAUCCUCCCAACUGGCAACCGUUGACGAAUCAACAACCGGGAGGAAAUGACACUACGCGCGAUUCUAGCCAGGUUUUGUUACCUCCACCGCCUCCAGGCGGUGGUGGUGGUGGUGGUGGUGGUGGUGAUGGUGAUGGUGGUGGAAGUGGUGUUGGGUCGAUCAGACCUGUCUCGAUGACUGAUCGAGCUCGGUUGGCGAAGAUACCGCAGCCGGAGGCUGGCCUUAAAUGCCCUAGAUGUGAAUCUGCCAACACUAAGUUUUGUUACUUCAAUAACUAUAAUCUUUCUCAGCCUCGUCACUUUUGUAAGGCUUGUCGUCGGUACUGGACACGUGGUGGUGCACUGAGGAAUGUUCCGGUUGGUGGUGGUUGCCGGAGGAAUAAGAGGACCAAAUCCCGGAAUCGGUCCAAGUCUCCGGCGGGUGGUGAACGUCAAUUAUUAGCUGGAUCAGCUAAUUCCACUGCUGGGGUUUCACUUUCAACUCCAACCCAUUUGCCCUUUUUAUCUUCUUUGCAUAAUUUCACCAAUUACGGCCUUAAUUUGGGUAUAAUUCCGCCACAACCUCCUCCAACAAGUGGUGGCUCCACCACCGGAGGAGCAGAUGUUCAUGAAUUCCAAGCUGACCAUUGGAGAUUACAACCACCACAACCACAACAAUUCCCUCUCUUGCCUAAUGAUCAACAACCAAAUUUGCUUUACACUUUCGAGCCACCAGAAGCCACUGCGACUCGCUAUAAUCUCGGCUUGUUCUCAAGAUUAGGGAUCGAAAACGACGUCGGAAUGACAACAGAAGCCGAGGCGGUGAAGGUGGAGGAGAGUAAAGGGAUGAACUUGGGGAAGAAUUUUCAGUUCUGGGUCGGUGGCGGUGGUGGUGGUAGCGACGUUAGUGCAUGGAGUGGCAGCGGCGGCGGAGGCGGCCGCGAUCUUCAUGGCUUCACCUCAUUGAGACAGUAAAUUUUCUCAAUCCUUUCCAAAUUCUUGUUUUUUUUUUCAUUAAAAUUCUCACUAUGAACAAGAAAAGGAAAGAAUUGAAACCAAUGAUAUCACAUUAAAGGGUUUCCAAUGCUGAAAUGUGACUCAAAAGAGACCAAAGAAAGUGAUGAUCAAAAAGAAAAAAAGAGAAAAUAUUGAUGGACCAGUCUAGGGUUUCAGGCUUUCUAAGGGUUCUUUUUCUUUUUCAACUUUAGAAUUUGGAUGGUGUGGUUUAUUAAUUACUAUAGGUUUCUCUUAUAUGUAUAUCAUUGGGAAGGUAGUCUUUUGUAAGUUAGGGGUGACAAUAUAUUUACAACAAUGACCUAUAUAUAUAUAUAUUUAUAUAUUAUCAUGUUUAA